AUGUCUACCAUUGUGCUUGUUGGGGCGAGACCGCGGCGAGGAAGCAACGGGCUGCAUGAGCAUCAGACAACGCAGGAGGUCGAAAUCACAGGUCCAGUCAUUCAAAACCUCUUCCAUAUGAGGCAAGCUGACGCUGCAAGGAUCCUGGGCAUCUCUCUCUCGAGCUUGAAGUCCGCGUGCCGUCGCCUGGGCUUCCCCCGAUGGCCGUACUCGAGGCAUAGACCCACCGCCACUCAUAUCGACGACAAGACAGACGAGGAGGCCUCAGGUUCGACUUCUGCCGCAGGAUGUAGCCCAGCAUCAGCCCCUGGAUGUGCCAACUCCCUUCAAACCCUCCUACCUGAAUUCCCCCGAAUCACCUACUCCCCAGACAGAGUCAGAGACAGAGAAGAGGUGGCAAUGACGACGCCCUGCCUGCACGAGGCUGCUGGCGGCGACUGGGAGGGCGAGCGAGGCAUAGACACGUCAUGGCUGGAGAGGUACAUGCAGAGUACGGACGAGGACGAGGUGUGA